GUUGGUGCUCCUCCUCCAGAAAUCAUACGACAGCAGCAAGCAAGAAGCAAGACGACACAGGCGACGAAGGACGACACAGGAGCAAGCACACUGAACCAACCAAGCAACACAAGGCAGUGCAUCUUCGAGCUCCGCUCGCUCGUAAUGGCGUUGAGGGUGUGCGUGGUGACGGUGAGCGACCGGUGCUCGCGUGGGGAGGCGACGGACACCGCUGGCAAGGCCCUGGCAGGGCUGGUGAAGGACCACUUUGGCGCUGAGGCCGUGCGCGUGGAGCGGCUGUGUGUCCCAGAUGAGGUGGCGGCCAUCCAACAAGCCGUGGCGCAAGCUGCUCUGGCAUCGCCAAUCACGCAGGAGGGCAACAAUCCCAAGACAGACAACAACGACGCCAGCGCUGCAAGCGAUGGUGCGCAGAGUGUGAACGACACGAACACCGGUGGUGGUGAAGAUGCAGUCAGCAGGCUGGUCAUCACUGCAGGUGGCACUGGAUGCAGCCCAAGGGACGUGACACCUGAGGCGGUGGCACCAUUGCUCACCCGGCCACUGCCUGGUCUGAACCAUUUGCUCAGCACUCGGUCACUGGAGGCGACGCCCAUGGCGGCCUUGUCGCGGUUCACCUGCGGCGUCACGUCCACUGGUGCCCUUGUGCUGACGUUUCCGGGAAGCGAGAAGGCAUGCCGAGAGUGCUUCACGUUUGUUCAGCCUGUGCUGGACCACGCCCUGGACAGCAUCGCUGACCACCGCAGUCACACAGAGGCCGUGCACAAGUCCAUGCAGCAGGGAGGUGCCCGCCACGGCCACCACGGCCACACACACAGCCACACACACAGCCACACACACAGCCACCACGGCUGCCCGCACAAGAAACACGGUGGUCACCACAAGCAUGGCCACCACUCCCACAAACACCACCACGCUCACCAGCACCAUGCUCACGACAACCAGCACGACCCGAACCAUGAGCACGGGACAAGUGGUGGCAGGACAGUCGCUGACCGCGACCGAAAGUCGCCAUGGCCAAUGCUCAAGGUGGAGGAAGCGCACGCCAAGAUCCGCGCAUUUGGCCGCAGUCAGCUGCAGCACUUCAAGUCACGCGUCGAGACAGUGCCCAUCCAGAACUGCCUUGGCCGUAUCCUUGCACAGGAUGUCACCGCCUCUGAGCCACACCCGCGAUUCCCAGCUUCCAUCAAGGACGGGUACGCCGUGUGCGUGGGCGACUGCCCCGGCGUGGUGAAGGUGGACGGCCCCAUCACUGCCGGCGACACGACAGCUGAGGCGUCACAGCUCCGUCGCGGCCAUGCAAUUCGCGUCACCACGGGCGCCCCUGUUCCCAAGGGAACGCAGGCGGUCAUCCAGGUGGAGGACACGGAGCUUGUGGAGAGGACCGAGGACGGGAGCGAAGAAGCCGCCAUUCGUGUCCUCACAGCCGUCACACAAGGACAGGACAUUCGCCCCGUGGGCUUUGACAUCGCCGCGGGUGAGGUGGUGCUGCGGGCGGGCGAUACCAUUGGCCCUGCAGAGCUGGGUUUGCUCGCCACCGUUGGAUGUAUGUCUGUCAGCGUGAAUGCCACACCAGUAGUUGGUAUCAUCUCCACGGGUGACGAGGUUGUCGAUGCAACGACGCCAAGCCUCCAGUACGGCCAAGUCAGAGACAGCAACCGUACAAUGCUUGAGGCAGCGUUAUCUCGUGCUGGCGUGAGCGUCAAGGACUUUGGGAUUGUCAAAGACACAGAAACAGCCCUGCGCAGCACGUUGGCGACAAUGACGCGUGAGUGUGACGUCAUCAUCACAUCAGGGGGCGUGUCCAUGGGCGAAAAGGAUCUCAUCAAGGGAACCAUUGCGGACCUUGGUGGCGCCAUCCACUUUGGGCGCGUGUUCAUGCGGCCUGGCAAGCCCACCACCUUUGCCACGCUUCCACGCGCAGCUGCCGCCAGCAGCGACCGCAAACAGGACGGCGACGAUCAUCACGUCGCAUUCUUUGGUCUUCCAGGCAACCCCGUCUCGUGUCUCGUUGCAUUCAACCUCUUUGCCGUCCCACUCGUACGUCUGCUCGCCGGCGACCCCUCCCCGGACCACACCACCGUCAACGUUCGAACGAGCGCCGCCCUACACUUCGACGCCCGCCCUGAGUUUCAUCGCGCCACCCUGUCAUACACCGCUCCAGAUGGUGUUGCUGUUGCCACGUCGACCGGGUCGCAGUGCAGCAGUCGGCUCCUGAGCAUGCGCUCUGCCCAGUGUCUCCUCGCACUUCCGCCCGCAACAGACGCCACAACCGUCAUCAGCAAGGGCGAGCUUGUUCCCGCGAUUCUGCUGUAGUGGCUGACAGCAUUGUGCAGCCACUGCUGCUACUGGUAGUGUUGUGAAACAUGUGUGUGGGUGGGUGGGUGUGUCUGUUUGUGUGGGGGGGGGGUGGCUGUCACAUCGGAUGUCAUCAGCACAAGCAGCUUUUCAUGCAAAUGACAAACAGUUGCUUGAGUGUUCCGGGGCAGUGAUUGUACUCAAGGGUGUUGGAUAACCCAACAUAAACGAAGCAUCACCA